UUUUUCUUUUUUUUCCUUUUAAUUUCUCUCUUUCCGUUAUAUUACUAUAUUUUCACAGUUUCAUUUCUUCAUGCUUCCUUCUCUCCCGUCCCGUCUAUGGAUUAUGGAGAUAAAGCCUUCGACUUUCACUUCGUCUCUCCAAAACACACGAAGCUGAUCAAAACCUUAAUCAUUUUCCCGCAGAUUCUCUCGAACGAAACGGUCCAAUUCUUCUCCCCCUUCGAACCGAAAACCCAUCUGCGUCACUGACUCUCUUUUCGUUUUGUUGUUUUUGGUCUCCGAAAAUGACGUCGUAUUUGGAGGAUCAAGACGACGACGGAGGCACCUCCGAUCUCAGCACCAGCACCGGCGACCCCGAAGACAACAACAACAACAACGGAAACGGGGUCGUUUCGACGCAGCCCAACUUCGGCGAGACGACGGCGUUUCAGCAGCUGAAGGAGGAGCCCAUUGACUCCGACCCUCCGCCGCAGGCUCACUCCAUCGGCAUGGUUCCGGUGGCGAUGCAAAUGCCCAUGUCCGUGGCUGUACCCGUUUCCAACCCGACCCGACGGGCCUCUACCAAGGACCGCCACACGAAAGUCGAGGGACGCGGGCGUAGGAUCAGAAUACCCGCCACGUGCGCGGCCCGGAUCUUCCAGCUGACCCGGGAACUGGGUCACAAGUCCGACGGCGAAACCGUCCGGUGGCUCCUCGAACACGCCGAGCAAGCCAUCAUCGAGGCCACCGGCACCGGCACCGUUCCCGCCAUCGCCGUCUCCGUCGGUGGGACCCUCAAGAUCCCCACCACGGCCUCCACUUCGGCCGACGACAACUCCUCGCCUUCCUCCACGACCAAGAAACGAAAACGCCCCUCGAAUUCCGAGUUCGUGGACGUGAAGAACGACUCCGUUUCGCAGUCGUCGGGUCUGGCUCCGGUAGGGCCCGCGGCACCACAAGGCCUGGUUCCGGUCUGGGCCGUCGGCGGCGCCGGACUGAUGGUCCCAGCGAAUGCGUUCUGGAUGGGACCGGUGGGCUCGGGUGCGGGACCAUCCGGCCCACAACCGCAGAUAUGGGCCCUGUCGCCGACGGUGACGCCGGUUUUCAACUUGGCUGGGGCUACCCGGCCCAUAUCGAGUUUUGUGGCGAAUAACGGAGGAGGAGUGGAGGUUCGGGCUCCGUCGCCGGCUCUGUCAAACUCGGCGGCGAGUACGAGCACGGUGGGGCCGAGGGCGGCGAAGAGGUCGUCGACGACAAUGGCGCCGAGCGUGAGCUCGUCGAGUAACAACAGUAACGGUAGCGGGAGUGGCGCGAGCAAGGCUCAGAUGCUGAGAGAUUUUUCUCUUGAAAUUUACGACAAGCAGGAGUUGCAGUUCAUGGGUCGACCCGUCGGCCCGCCAACAACUCAUCAACAUCAAACCCAGUGAUUGCAAAACUGAACUGCCAUGAGAGAGUGAGUGAGUGAAGUGAGUUUAGCAAGCUUUUUCUUAGUGUUCCGAAUUUGAUCA